AUGGAGGUGGUGGUGGUGGACAAAAUAUCUGAAUUGCCAGAGCCUCUUCUACAAUACAUUUUGUCUUUCCUUCCCAUUAAACAAAAUUUGAUAAAUCCUUCUUUGAGUCAAAGUUGUGGUGUCAAGACACUAAGGAAACUUGCGAAAUCCAGAGAAAGAGGGUGGAGUUAUCACUUUGUGGAGCAAAAUUUACUAAGCCGCCGUAGGCAAGGGCUAAGUAUAAAGAAGUUUACACUUUCAGUGUACUUGAGUACACCGAAAUCAGUGUCUCGUGUGGACCGGUGGAUUGAAUAUGUAGUCAAGAGUGACGUUGAAGAGCUUAAUCUUGACUUUCAAACAUUUAGAUGGAAGUGGAAGAGGUAUUAUCCCUUGCCUCAGAAUAUUCUACUUGCAAAAUCAAUAACUGUGUUGAGGUUAAAGGCAUGUAGAUUGGAUUCAUACUUUGUUGAUAUAAACUUAUCCUCUUUGAAAAUUUUGUCUUUAUAUAAAGUGGGUACAAAUGAUCAAAUUAUCCAAAAUCUAGUUGCCGGGUGUCCUGUGAUAGAAGACAUAGGAAUUGAAUACUGUCGUGGGUUGAAAUGUAUACAGUUCUUUGGUCUACCUGAAGUCAAGUCAAUUGAAUUGAAAAGCAAUAAAGGUGUUGAGACAGUUGAAUUAGAAGCAUCAAAUAUUUAUCAUGUACAUAUUCAACAGUUUGAAGCAUCCAAGAUCAACCUGGUGCCUUGUAAAAAUCUGAAGUUAUUAAUGCUAGGAAAACUGCACAUAACAGACAGCUGCUUCAAUUACCAUAUUUCUCAACUUCUGCUCAUUGAGUACUUGUCCGUAUAUUGGUGUGAUAAGUUGGAAAGUAUUAAGAUUUCAAGUCAUCGUCUUAAGACAUUACACAUAUUGAAAUGCGACAAGCUGGUUGAAGUCGAGAUUGACACUCCUAAGUUAUGUAAACUUUCAUAUCUUGGUGGUAAUACAAUAUCCUUUUCAGUGACUGCUUUGGCUUAUUUGUCAAAAGCUACCUACCAGAUGUUGCACUCCGAUGCUCCUUGGAAUGUUAAAAAGAUUGAAUUGCUUGCAAAUUUGAGUAAUUCCAAAUUAUUGGAGUUGCUAAAUAUUAGCUCCAUGAAGGAUAUGGUUAUACCAAAGGAAUUGAGAGACAUAGUAUCAUCCCCAUCAUAUAAAGUCAAGCAGUUGAAGGUAGAUAUAUCGAAGUCAUUUACUACACAUGAAUUCAUUGAACUUGUGGAUAGCUUGCUUUGGAUUUCUCCUCAUCUAGAGCUUUUGUUAUUAACACAUGGGGAAUGGAUUGACAAGAAUUGGUAUCGUGAGACCAAAUCUUUCAAGCCCAUUCUUAGAGGGGAGAAUUAUAGUUGUUGCAAAUUCCUUCCAGAUCCAUGUUGGAGGCAUUGCUUAAAGAGUGUCACGAUUGAGAAUUGUAGAGCACCUGCAAAUGUAGAGACUGUGAGGGCAGAUAAAGAAAUUCUAGAGAAGUACUUUUAUGAGAAUGCAAAGAUCCUGGAGAGCUUCCAAUUCAAUCCUAAAGUUGAAUGA